GGUUUCACUGCACAACAAGAUGGCGGCGGCGGCGGCGAGCGGAGCUGGCGGGGCUGCCGGGGCCGGAGCGGGGGGAGCCGGGCCGGCGGGCCGCCUGCUGCCUCCGCCCGCCCCGGGGCCCCCGGCCGCCCCCGCUGCCGUGCCCCCGGCGGCUGGCCCGCCGCGUCCCCCAGCCCCGGCCUCCCGCGGGCCGGUGCCUGCCCGCAUCGGCUACUACGAGAUCGACCGCACCAUCGGCAAGGGCAACUUCGCUGUGGUCAAGCGGGCCACGCACCUCGUCACCAAGGCCAAGGUUGCUAUCAAGAUCAUAGACAAGACCCAGCUGGAUGAAGAAAACUUGAAGAAGAUUUUCCGGGAAGUUCAAAUUAUGAAAAUGCUUUGCCACCCCCAUAUCAUCAGGCUGUACCAGGUUAUGGAGACAGAGCGGAUGAUUUAUCUGGUGACAGAAUAUGCUAGUGGAGGGGAAAUAUUUGACCACCUGGUGGCCCAUGGCAGAAUGGCAGAGAAGGAGGCCCGUCGGAAGUUUAAACAGAUUGUGGCAGCCGUCUAUUUUUGUCACUGUCGGAACAUUGUUCAUCGUGAUCUAAAAGCUGAAAAUUUGCUUCUGGAUGCCAACCUGAAUAUUAAGAUAGCAGAUUUUGGCUUCAGUAACCUGUUCACUCCCGGGCAGCUGCUGAAGACGUGGUGCGGCAGCCCCCCCUACGCGGCGCCCGAGCUCUUCGAGGGAAAGGAGUAUGACGGGCCCAAAGUGGACAUCUGGAGCCUUGGAGUCGUCCUCUAUGUGCUUGUGUGUGGUGCCCUGCCCUUUGAUGGGAGCACACUGCAGAAUCUGCGGGCCCGGGUGUUGAGUGGAAAGUUCCGCAUCCCAUUUUUUAUGUCCACAGAGUGCGAGCACCUGAUCCGCCACAUGCUGGUGUUAGACCCCAGCAAGCGCCUCUCCAUGGAGCAGAUCUGCAAGCACAAGUGGAUGAAGCUGGGCGAUGCCGAUCCCAACUUUGACCGGUUAAUAGCUGAGUGCCAGCAGCUGAAGGAAGACAGACAGAUAGACCCCCUGAAUGAGGACGUCCUCUUGGCCAUGGAGGACAUGGGACUGGACAAAGAGCGGACGCUACAGUCGUUAAGAUCAGAUGCCUACGAUCACUAUAGUGCGAUCUACAGCCUGCUGUGUGAUCGACAUAAGAGACACAAAACCCUGCGUGUCGGAGCACCUCCUGGCAUGCCCCGAGCCAUGGCCUUUCAAGCACCAGUCAAUGUCCAGGCGGAGCAGGCCGGUACCACUAUGAACAUCAGUGUUCCCCAGGUGCAGCUGAUCAACCCAGAGAACCAGAUCGUGGAGCCGGAUGGGACCGUGAACUUGGACAGCGAUGAGGGUGAAGAGCCCUCCCCUGAAGCCCUGGUCCGCUAUUUGUCCAUGAGGAGGCACACGGUGGGCGUGGCUGACCCCCGCACGGAAGUUCUGGAAGAUCUGCAGAAGCUCCUGCCUGGCUUUCCUGGAGUCAACCCGCAGGCUCCGUUCCUGCAGGUGGCCCCUAACAUGAACUUCAUGCACAACCUGUUGCCCAUGCAAAAUUUGCAACCGACGGGGCAGCUUGAGUACAAGGAGCAAUCCCUCUUACAGCCGCCCACCCUACAGCUGCUGAAUGGAAUGGGCCCCCUCGGCCGGAGGGCAUCAGACGGAGGAGCCAACAUCCAGCUACAUGCCCAGCAGCUGCUGAAGCGCCCACGGGGACCCUCCCCACUUGUCACCAUGACACCAGCAGUGCCAGCAGUUACCCCUGUGGACGAGGAGAGCUCGGACGGGGAGCCAGAUCAGGAAGCCGUGCAGAGGUACUUGGCAAAUAGGUCCAAAAGACAUACACUGGCCAUGACCAACCCUACAGCUGAGAUCCCACCGGACCUACAACGGCAGCUAGGACAGCAGCCUUUCCGUUCCCGGGUCUGGCCCCCUCACCUGGUACCUGAUCAGCAUCGCUCUACCUACAAGGACUCCAACACCCUGCACCUCCCCACGGAGCGUUUCUCCCCCGUGCGCCGGUUCUCAGACGGGGCUGCGAGCAUCCAGGCCUUCAAAGCUCACCUGGAAAAGCUGGCCGACAGCAGCAGCAUCAAGCAGCUGCAGCAGGAGUGUGAGCAGCUGCAGAAGAUGUACGGGGGGCAGAUGGAUGAGAGAGCCCUGGAGAAGACCCAGCAGCAGCAUGUGCUCUACCAGCAGGAGCAGCACCAGCAAAUUCUCCAGCAGCACAUCCAAGAUUCUAUCUGUCCUCCUCAGCCUUCUCCACCUCUUCAGGCUGCGUGUGAAAAUCAGCCAGCCCUCCUUACCCACCAGCUCCAGAGGUUAAGGAUUCAGCCUUCAAGUCCACCCCCCAACCACCCCAACAACCAUCUCUUCAGACCACCCAGUAAUAGUCCUCCCCCCAUGAACAGUGCCAUGAUCCCGUCUCACGGCGCCGCUUCGUCCCCCCAGUUUCCGGGCUUACCGUCCCGCGGUGCAGUCUACCAGCAGCAACCCGAGAACUGCUCUCCUCCUCCCAGCAUGGCCCUAACCUGCCUGGGCCUCCAGCAGCCUCCCCAGUCACAGCAGGUGACCAUCCAAGUACAGGAGCCCGUCGACAUGCUCAGCAGCAUGCCGGGGACAGCGGCAGGCUCAGCCGGGCGAGGCAUCCCCAUCAGCCCCAGCGCCGCGCAGACUCACAUGCAGCACCGGGCCAGCCUGAUGGCCACCUUCAGCUAUGCGCACCGCCCCUUGUCCAAGCAGCUGAGCGCCGACAGUGCAGAGGCCCACAGCUCGAACGUGAAUCGGUUCUCCCCUGCUAACUACGACCAGGCGCACUUACACCCCCAUCUGUUUUCGGACCUGUCCCGGGGUUCCCCCAGCAGCUACAGCCCUUCAACAGGAGUGGGGUUCCCUCCAACCCAAGCCCUGAAAGUCCCUCCACUUGACCAAUUCCCCACCUUCCCUCCCAGCGCCCAUCAGCAGCCAGCGCACUACACGGCGUCGGCCUUGCAGCAGGCACUGCUGUCCCCCACACCGCCAGACUAUACGAGACACCAGCAGGUGCCACACAUCCUCCAGGGACUGCUCUCCCCCCGGCACUCGCUCAGUGGCCACUCGGACAUCCGGCUGCCCCCAGCGGAGUUCGCACAGCUUGUGAAGAGGCAGCGGCAGCAGCAGCAGCAGCAGCAGCAGCAGGACUACCACGACCUGUUCCGACACAUGAACCAGGGGGACGCGGGGAGCCUGGCUCCCGGUCUCGGGGCACAGGCCAUGGCAGAGCGCCAGGCUCUACCAUAUCCAAAUGCUGACUCGUAUCACCACCACCACACCAGCCCCCAGCAUCUCCUGCAGAUCAGGGCCCAGGAAUGCCUGUCGCAGGCGGCACCCCCCAGCCCGGCACACGGGUAUGCCCAGCCGCCGGCCCUCCUGCGCUCGGAGAGCAUGGAAGACGAGUGCUCCUGUGAGGUGGCCAAGGACGGCUUCCCGGACAGGAAGAGCUCACACACAGUGACCAAAGGUUGCCACGACAGCCCCCUGCUCUUGAGCACUGGUGGACCCGGGGACCCCGAGUCUUUACUGGGAACUGUGAGCCAUGUGCAGGAGUUGGGGAUGCCUCCCUACCGACAUCAGCCGGCCGCCGUGUUCAGUAGGAAUAAGGUGUCCAGCCGAGAGUCUGUCAUAGGGAACUGCAUGGAUAGAAGUUCUCCAGGACAAGCAAUGGAGCUACCGGAUCACAAUGGACUUGGGUACCCAACUCGCCCCUCUGUCAGCGAGCACCACAGGCCCCGGACCCUCCAGAGACACCACACGAUCCAGAACAGUGAUGAUGCUUAUGUGCAGCUAGAUAACUUGCCGGGAAUGAGUCUAGUGGCUGGGAAAGCGCUCAGUUCUGCCCGGAUGUCAGAUGCGGUUCUCAGUCAGUCCUCGCUCAUGGGAAGCCAGCAGUUUCAGGAUGGGGACAAUGAGGAAUGCAGGGAGAAUCUAAUGGGUCAUGAACACCCAGACCUGACUGACGGCAGCCAGCAUCUGAACUCCUCUUGCUACCCAUCCACGUGCAUUACAGACGUCCUGCUCAGCUACAAGCACCCGGAGGUCUCCUUCAGCAUGGAACAGGCAGGCGUGUAACAGGAAACAGAGAAAACCAAAGUCUUCUCUGCCGGCUGGGGGCUGACAGCAUCUGGCCCCUCUCCUUCCGAUCUUCAAGGCAAGAAGGAGAUGCUCAAUAUUCUGACUCUUGAUCCUUUUUCCUGGGAAAGCAGAGUGAAGGGUCCCCAGUCUGCUCCUAAUCUUUCCUCCUGAAUUUGCACAGAAGAAAGCGGGUGUCCAGCAUGGGUCCUGGUGUUGCCAACAGGAUUCCCAUGCAGCUUGUCCUUCUCACGGAUACUGGCAGCUCAGCUCCUGGACCCAAGAUCCCGCGAGUGGAUUUCUGCAAUUUGAGAGCCUUUCUUGGGAUGUGCCCCGCGUUUCCAUGCUCCCCAAUCUCCCCUCCACUUGGUGAUGCCUCCAAUUCCUCACCAGAAGAGGCGACCCGGAAGGCCCGAACAGCUACCGUGUGACUUCUCUGGGCUUGUUCCAGCUCCCAGCCCCCCUCCACCCCCGCUGCCCCCUCGCUCCCGCGCUCAGCCUGUUCUGUUUACGUGGUACUGUGCUCAUGGAAGAACAGGCUGCCCUCCGCCAGCGACCACCCGGGUGAGAGCCAACGAGCCGAGAAACCGUGCCAUCUUGCGAACUACACUUGUAAAAGAUCAUUGCUUUGUAUCGUAGUAACCGAUAUGCGCCGUAUAUGUUGAAUGUAUAUGAAUAUAAUUUCCUAUUUCUGCUCUUUGAAAAUGUCAGAAGUAUUUUUUUCUUUCUCAUUUAUGUUGAACUAAAAAUGGAUUAAAAAGCUCUCCAGACCCAAACUGUGGCAUGAAGACCUUUUAGUUUGUUUUCUUUUUUCCCUCCUUGUGGGCAACUUACAAACUUACAGCUUAAUAUCUUGGUUGGACAGUAGGGGGUUGGGAAAAUAAAAACCUGAUUAUAAUCUUA